GAAGAACUUGACGACGAAGAAAAAAUCCAAUUUGUGUUUUUGUUUUGUGAAAUUUUAUGGCAGUAUCAGCAUUAAACAUGAGUCCCUACUUUGCUGGAUAUCCUUUUCAAGGACAAGGACGUGUUAAUCAACUUGGUGGAGUUUUCAUUAAUGGCCGUCCUUUACCAAAUCACAUUCGUUUGAAGAUCGUUGAGAUGGCUGCUGCUGGAGUUCGACCAUGUGUCAUUAGUCGGCAAUUGCGUGUCUCACAUGGAUGUGUGUCGAAAAUUUUGAAUCGUUACCAAGAAACCGGAUCAAUUCGUCCCGGUGUGAUUGGGGGAUCAAAGCCACGUGUUGCAACUCCAGAUAUUGAAGCUAAGAUCGAAGAAAUGAGACAAGAGAAUCCUGGUAUAUUUAGUUGGGAGAUUCGUGGUAAAUUGAUUGAACUUGGAGUUUGUGAUAAGAAUUCGGCUCCUUCGAUAAGUUCGAUAAGUCGAUUGUUGCGUGGUGGAAGUAGCAAAGAUGGUAGUGGAUCACAUUCGAUUGAUGGUAUUUUGGGACCAACUUCAUCGGGAGAAGAUAGUGAAAUUGAAUCAGAACCUGGUAUUCAAUUGAAGCGUAAACAAAGGCGAUCACGGACAACUUUUUCGAAUGAUCAAAUUGAAGCUUUGGAGCGUGUUUUUGCUCGAACUCAGUAUCCAGAUGUUUAUACUCGAGAAGAACUAGCUCAAUCGACUGGUCUAACAGAAGCUCGAGUUCAAGUUUGGUUCUCUAACCGACGUGCAAGGCUACGUAAGCAACUUAAUACCCAACAAAUCUCUGCCUUUAACUCAAGUUUGUCUGGAUUGGCUUCAUCUGGAUUUGCACCUUCUCAAUAUGCACCACAAUCAGCAGCUGCUGCUGUAGCAGCUCAUAGUAUGUCGAGUAUGAUUCCAGCACCAAUGUAUCCUUCAUCAGCACCAGUGAGUCAAAGUUGGCCAUCACAACAAGCUUUUGCUCAAAAUACCACCUACGCUCAUUCAACUGGAUCAGCUUCAGCUUCGCCUUCUGGAAGUAGUUCUGCUUCGCUAAGUCCAAAUCAUCAUGUUCAUCAAUCAGCAUCAGCUACCAGUUCUGCUGCUCCAAAUACCUACAGUUCUUAUGGAAUGGGUAUUGAAGCUGCUAGUGCUGCAAAUAGUUACAACUCUUCAGCUUAUGGCCUGCAUACAUCAUCAGCAGAACAUCAAUGGCGUUCGCAUCAAAGUAAACUUCCAACAUCCGAUUGGGACAAUUACAACUUCUCACCAUCAUUCUUCCCUGGUAAUUCACAUAUGGCUGCUGGUUAUGGAAGUGGUGUUGCAAGUGAAGCUAAAUCGGGCUAUCCGUAUAUGCCAGGUUUUGAAAUUGGACGUGUUCAUUAAAAUAAAAUAUUUUUAUGAAUAAAAUGUAAAUUUGAACAAAAAAAAAAAAG